AUGGUAUCAUGUGAUCUUGAUGACAAAUAUGAGAUGGUUCUCAUUCUUGAGUUUUUGUCUGGUGGCGAGCUGUUUGACCGGAUCGCGGCCGAGGACUACAAGAUGUCAGAGGCUGAGGUGAUCAACUACAUGAGACAGGUGUGCGAGGGACUCAAACACAUGCAUGAGAACAGCAUCGUGCACCUCGACAUCAAGCCUGAGAAUGUCAUGUGCCAGACUAAGAACAGCACUACUGUCAAGCUGAUAGAUUUCGGCCUGGCCACCAAGCUGAACCCAGAUGAAGUUGUCAAGGUUACAACAGCAACAGCGGAGUUCGCUGCCCCUGAAAUUGUUGAACGAGAACCUGUUGGAUUCUACACCGACAUGUGGGCUGUCGGUGUGUUGGCAUAUGUCCUAUUGAGCGGUUUAUCUCCGUUUGCGGGUGAAGAUGAUCUGGACACCUUGCAGAAUGUAAAACGCUGUGAUUGGGAUUUUGACGAAGAUGCGUUUUCAAAUGUAUCUCAAGAAGCCAAAGAUUUCAUCAAAUCUCUCCUUCAGAAGCAACCCCAGAAGAGACUUACUGUUCAUGACUCUCUAGAACACCCAUGGCUUAAGGGUGACCAUAGCAACCUCACCCACAGGAUUCCUUCCAGCCGCUACAACAAGAUCCGACAGAAGAUCAAGGAAAAAUAUGCUGAUUGGCCAGCUCCAAUGCCUGCAAUCGGUCGCAUUGCUAACUUCAGUUCACUGAGAAAACACAGACCUAAGGAGUACCAAAUAUAUGAUGCUUAUUUCGAUCGUCGUGAAGCCAUGCCAAGGUUUGUGCGCAAACCCCGCAAUGUGAACGUUCCUGAGGGACAGACUGUGAAAUUUGACUGCAAGAUCAUCGCUGCUUCUCCUCCUAUUGUUACCUGGUACAAGAAUGAUACAAUACUGACUCAGAGCAUUAAGUUCAUGCAGAAGUAUUCAGGUAAAGAGUACGAGCUCCGGAUCAGUCGUGUCAAGGUCGAUGACAAAGGGGAAGUACUUGUACGAGCAGAGAACUCUUUCGGCAGAAAGGAGGAGAAGGCAUCUCUCAAAGUAGAACCCAGUCCAGAAGUACCUAAGCCUCCAAGUAGGGAAAAUACUCCAAGAAGGAAGAAGGAAUUUGAGGAAAUACAGUUCGAGAAACCAAUUGAGGAUGAGCCUCCCCAAUUCAACUUUGAUCUCCGACCUCGAGUCAUCCAAGCAGGAUCCGAGUUCAAACUCAUCUGUUGUGUCAAGGCUCACCCACCACCAAAGGUUAGAUGGUUUAAAGACAAUGAGGAUGUGACAGACAAUUCACACUACAGUAUUCAGUAUUCCUACGGUAUUUGCUCAAUAGAAGUCCAGAACACUAAAGUGACAGACAGCGGCAAGUACACCUGUGUUGCCACCAACAGCCUGGGAGAGCACUCAUCUAGCACUCGUGUUAUUGUUGAAGAUCGAGUUCAUACAAAAAAAGAUCUAGAAAUGAUGUCAUCGAAAAGCACUUCGAGAAUGGUUAGAAGGACAAAGUCUGGAGCAAAUAUUGAAGAAUUUUCUAGUUAUGAAGAAUCCUCAUCUACCAGGACAACAAGGCGUUCAGGGAGAGAGGAGAUUGAAGAAUUCUCAAGUACAUCUGAGAAAAAGAGACGGAGUGAAGAACAGGCUCCAACCUUCUCUCAGAACCUUUCUCCUGUCACUGUAAGCGAGGGCGACAGACUUCAACUGACAUGUACAGUGUCUGGAAAACCAGAGCCUUCUGUGGAAUGGUUCUUGAAUGGACAGAUGCUGAGCUCUGAUGAUAUUGUAACACUAAAAUAUAGAAAUGGUGUCGCCACACUAGAAAUAGCAGAAGUGAUGGUAGAUGAUGAGGGUGACUAUGUGUGUAAGGCAUCAAAUACUGCAGGCGUGGCGUCAACGAAGGCAAACAUUGUUGUAAAAUAUUCAGAUGAAUCGCCUCUAUCAUCAGACACCGAAAUACAGCCUGUUAAGAAACCAGAAAAACCAUCUGCACCUGUUGAUGAACUCCCUGCAGCCCCAUCUGAACCUGCCCUAGAACCAGCUCUGCCAUCUGAAUCCUCCCCUGUAGACACAAGUGAAACCCCAGUUGAACCACCUGCUAGUGACCUCGUAAAAAACCCACAGGCCCCAGUUGCCCCAGAGUUUGCAGAAGCCCCAGAAGCCCAAGAAGCACCAGAGGUCUUGGAACCCAAAGAGGUCCAGGAAACCACAGAGACCCCAGAAACCAAAGAGGUCCCUGAAACCAAUGAGUCCCCAGCUGAUGUAGAAAGGUAUACUAAGAAGUCCCAGCCUGCACCAGAACGUGAAGAAAAAGGUCAGGUACCAGUUCCACGCUUUAUAGAACAUCUUGAUGGACAAAUGGUCAAUGAUGGUGACCAGGUGACGCUACAAUGUAGAAUAUCAGGUAAACCUGAUGUUGCAUGGUUGAGAAAUGGAAAAGAACUAAAAGCAUCUGAAGACUUUAGAUUUGAGAAUGCGGGAGAUGUGUACAAAUUGAUUAUUGGAGAGAUUUUCCCAGAAGACAGUGGUGUUUAUUGCUGCGAGGCUGUUAAUAAUGGCGGUACUGCAGUCAGUGAAUGUACAGUUUACGUGCAAGACCCCGAUGAGAAACCGAGCUGCCCAGUGUUUACCACAUUCCCCAAGUCCCUGAAUGUGGAGGAAGGGAGUCCUGUCAAAUUUACCUGCAUUGUAGACUCUGAAUUCUCCAGUCACAGUAUCGUGGAACAAAGGAGAUGGAAAAUAGAAGACACUGGCCGCUUUAAGUUUGGUGAAGACGACAAGUCAUUUUCGUUCGAGAUCCCUGCCGCCCUAUCGACUGACACUGGCUCGUACAAAGUGGUAGCGAAGAAUGACGCAGGAAGUUCAUCCUGGACCUUCUCACUGGGUGUCACCAUGGGAGAGGCAGGCGGAGAUGUAGAUGUACAGGAACUACUUAAAUCUGUACAGUAAAUAUAUUGAUCAUUCUGGGGCAGUGCAAUAUAACUGUUGUGAUACAUCCAAGAUCCCAGCACAUACAAGAAAACCCACAAUGGAAGCAACAAAGCCGUACCAUUAUGUAUCACAAGAAAAUGAGAACUCUUAUGUGUUUUACUGGUGUAUUGAGGCAAAAGUCUAUUUGUAAACUACAGUUGUACAUUGUGUUAUAUUUUGCUGUUUGAAGUUGUUUUGCCAGAGGACUGUUUAUAUAAUAAAAAAGUAAAUAUUUACAUUUUUAAAAAACACGUAAAUUAUUUGAAGUAGUUUUAGUGCUUUUUAAUUCCAAUAAUUUGUGACUUUGAAGCUUUGUUAGAUGCGUUUUUCAGCUCCCUUCAAAGCUGUAGUGUUUGUUAUUCACUGGGUGGAUUUUGUAAAUGAACAGUAAUUUUAAGUUGAAGAUUUUAUCACGGAUGGGCACUGUACAAAGCAAACGUUUUUUUCUUCACAUUUAUAGAAUGACAGCUUAUGGAAGAAUUGUGUAACCACUUGAAUAAAUAUGUUUUUAGUAAUGGUAAAUUAACUAGCUAGCAAUAAAAAAAAAAGAAAAAAGAAAAAAAAAAGAUACGAAAAAGUCUAUAAAUAUUAUUACACAAUAUAGUAUUACAUUCUCUUUUGAACAUUCCAACUAAUUGUAUAAGCUUUUUAAUGUUGUGCAUUUCCAAUUAGCAGAAUGAGAAAGAUUAUCGAUUAUAAUGGUGUUAUUAUUUAGAGUUGAUGAUAUGUUUAUGUACAAAUGUAUAGACAUGAGGAUUAUUUAAUCUUUAGAAAUUGAAACAAAAAAAUAAAAAGCAGAAAUAUCACAUUACAUUACAUUAAAACAUAAAGUUAAUGAAAAAAUUACUACAAUGUAUAUUUCUAUUACUUUUUAAAAAAAGAGAGUAAAUUCUGUGUCUAUUUUAUGGACUAUAUUAUUAAAUGGAUGUGCACCGAUUUGAAAAGCCAUCAACAACAAAGUUGAUAACAAAACGUUUUGUACACUUUUUGAAACAGCAUCAGUUUAUAAAGAACUUAAUCAAUGUUUACAAAAAGUAAACCAAGAAAACCUAUGAAAGAAUUCUUGGUACAAAUAACUUUUUUGAAAUUUAAGAGUUACCAACCUUUGUGUCUCAUAAAUAUUUUUAAUCGAUCAGCUAAAAUGUUCACUGUUCAAUUUUACAAAAUACCAAACCAUGCUUGUGGUAGCAAAUGCUUCAGUUUUGAGGUAGCUUAAUUAAGAAUGCUAUUUUGUAUAUUUCUGUUAACACACUGUAGGGAGAGAAACGACAAAAGCUGUUUAAUAGUUGACUAAUUAUUAACCAAGUUUUGUCAAGUUCAGUUGUGGUGUUCAUUGAAUCGGUACUUUGUAAAUGUUUUUGUCCUUAACUGCCACUUCAGAUUUUCUCAAUGACUAUCAAGUAUAAGCAGUUAAUUUUCACCUUCAGUCAGUAAUGAAAAAAACCCCAACCCAACAAGACCUGGGUACUGUUUGGGUAUAUUAGAAAUAAAAUGUGACUGGUAAAAUUAUAAUAUUGAAGGAUUUUAAAAAACUAUUUCAUUAAAAAUAACACCUGGUAAAAUUAUAAUAUUGAUUUUUUUUAAAAACUAUUUCAUUAAAAAUAAAAUAAAGCAAUUUUCUGAGAUUAAAAUAUUUUUAUAUAAAAAUGCAGAGUGGAAGUUUGUGUGGACAGUUUUUAUAUUUAGUAAUACAAGUAUUAGUGGAGAAAGAAGCAUUUUGUGCUAUCAUUUGAAAACUGCAUAAUUUUGGUGCAAAAAAACACUUUUUAUUAAAGCAUCUUGUUUUUGUUCUUGUUGAAAUCAUAAUGAAGGAAACCGAUGUGAAAUGUAUAUGGUAUUUAAGGUUGGACUUUAUUUAUAGUAGUGUAUUUAUUAAAACAGACCGAUGCUGUCUGCCCCUAAAUUAUUUUGUUACAAAUAAAACAAAGACAGUUCUGUUUAACACAUUUCCUUCUCAAGCUGAAUUAAACAUUAGAUUCUGUUAACGUUUUGUCUUUCAUUUAGUCACCAGUUUAGUUAUAGUUGAUGAUAACGGUAAAUCCUCUUUGAGUAGACACUGCUGUGAAUUGUCUCUGUCACCAAUGUAAUUGUUCGUGUGCGGGACACAGCCCUCUGCAGAGCUGCUAUUUGGAGGAGGUCUGUGAGAUCAAGUACUGCCUGCCUGUUCAACUUGAGCACAGUUCAAUAAAGUCUGUACAUAAAA